AUGGCCUUCCAGCAACAAACCGUGACCGUAACUCAAACAAUGGUUGAAAGCGAGACUGCCACCCACACAAGAGAUGUUACCAAGCUUGUCACCGCGACCGAUCUCGUGACCAAGACCCGUGUCUGGACUUCUACCGAAACCCAAGACCGCACCAAACUCAUCGAGCACACACUCACCGCUACUGAUGUUGUCACCUCUGUUGCCACCAUGACACAACUGGAAACUGCAACUGCGACAGAGACGGAUACUGUCCAGGUCACGAACGUCAUCACCAAACAAGAGGUCUCUACCGUCCUUCAGCCCACCACCUACGUCAGCGUCUGGCAGACCACCGUCACCAACGACCGACUAGAGACUGUAGUUGAGACCAGGAGCCGUACCGUCACCGACACCGCCACUCACUUGACCACCGUCUCGAGUGUGGACACUGUCACCAAAACCGCAACUGCACUGGAGACCCAACUCGUUCCUACCACCUACGUGCGUGUCUGGACGACGACCAAGGUCAAUGAGGAGAAUUCUACCGUGGAGGAGACACUCACCAGCACCGUGGUCUCGACUCAAACCCGGGAAGUCACCGCCACUGAAACCGCAACAGAAACCACGGUGGAGAGCCGCGUCCUCGCAGAGACUGCUCUCUCGAGUUGCAGGCAAAAAAAGCAAAGCACAAGCGGCUCCUCGGGGCGUUUGCUAUUUAGCCCGACCCACCGCAUACCCUAUAACUUAAAUACAUCGCCGCUACCCACCAGCAUGUCGACGAGAAAGUUUGAGAUAUCGGCGCUGUCGCCUGUAUUGGAGUAUGAUCCUCAACAGGAUGUGACGAAUUCGGUCUGGAAGUCGGACCAGGGUGGGCUCCAGAACGGGAAUUCAAACUCGGGAAACCCUACGCGGGUGCUGCAUGGCUCUGGUAGCGUCAAAAUCAAAGCUUUUGGUUCUGGACUUAGCUUCUCGGGGUCCAUACAGGGGGUUUAUUGCACAUACACUGCGACACUCUUGCCAGGUGAAGGAAACACUGCCAGUGCCUCUUCUGCACCCACUCCACAGACAGCACCCCCUGAAAAUGGCAUGCUCGCGAGCUUUACGGGGCUCGAUAACGCCAACUGGGAACUGGAACUCAAGGGCCAGUGUGGGAAUGGUUCGAUGAUCAAGAUAGCUACUGCUGUUGUGGAGGGAUGGGAUAUUAAAUAUUCUGGAAAUGAUUGGUCGAUAACCCGGGGACUAGAGGCUGCGUUUUAUGAUGAUAGCCAGCAUUACACAAGUGUGAAUGGCGCUGUAUGGAAUGUCACAUUUCAAGGAUCGGCCGUCGUGGUCUGGGCAAGCUCUGAUCCCUCUCAUGGACCUUAUUCCGCUCAGCUAGUCAAAGGCACACAAGGAUAUAAUAGUGCCACUGCGAUCAAGAGCACUGGUUACAAUACCUUUUUGGCCGUACCCCUAACCUACUUUUUCGCGACUGGUCUCGAUCCAUCGCAAACCUAUACUCUCUACCUCGAAAACAAUCCGACCAACGGGACAUAUCUCGAUCUGGAUUCCAUCGAGAUUUACACUUCAACCGGUAGCGGACCACCGAACGGCGGCUCAAAUCUUGUCGUCGGUGGAGGGGCAUCCAAGAACAAUGCGGCCAUCAUUGGAGGUGCUGUUGGAGGUGGUGUGGGCUUGUUAUUGCUUCUCUUACUGGCGUUUUUCCUCUGGAGAAGACGAAAAAAUACAAAGAAGAGCAAGCAGAACAUAAGUCCUAUCGACUACGAUGAGCCCAAGAACGGACCGCACGUUAUACCUUUUGGCCAAUCCGCUGGCGUACCUACUUCUCAUCCUUCGUACUCUUCCCACCCAACGUAUUCUUCUCACCCAAAUCCUGCUCCCGAAAGCCAAGCGUUGUUACACAGCCCCCGUGGAGCUGGCACCAGUUUCAGCCCGACCACAAACACCAUGUCCAUGUCUGGUACCAGUGCAACAGGAUUCGACCCAUAUGCCGCGUUUGGAGGUGGAUACUCUACCCCGACCGCUAGUUCUGUCGCUGCUUUGAACGACCCCGUACAAGCGAGAAGACAAGGCAAAGCGGCAGAGAUUCAAGCUGCAAGAAUGCGAGUCGCAAACCACGGCAGCGUCGCGUCUCCCAUCACACCACACCCGGUCACCACCCAUUCUACCAUCACUCAAUCUUGGGAAAAUCUUUCGACUCACGUACCGAGCUCUUCUGAUCCUCCAGGAAACGAAACCAUUCUACAGAUUUCUCCUAGUCGCGUAAAGACACCAGAACCGGACGAACCACCACCUUCCUACACUCAAUAA